GGGCCUAACACAUACAGACACACGCUACACGCAGCAGCACGGAACUACCCUGGGGGCUGGAGUGAUGGUGAAUAUGGACGUGUGCGCCCUGGAGUGCGCGGCGCUGCGGGAGCUGCUGCAGGAGGGCGCGGCGCCGUGCCUGGUGCUGGACUGCCGCUCCUUCUUCGCCUUCCGCUCCUCGCCCAUCACCAACUUCUCUCCUUUCCCCACGGCAGGAGGGUACGAAGCCUUCUCUUCCGCCUGCUCUGAGCUGUGCACCAAGCCAUCGCCUCCCACGGGCCUCAGCCUGCCCCUGAGCGCCAGCAGCGUGCCCGACAGCGCCGACUCGGGCUGCAGCUCGUGUGGCACCCCGCUGUACGACCAGGGUGGCCCCGUGGAAAUCCUGCCAUUCCUCUACUUGGGUAGUGCCUACCACGCCUCCAGAAAGGACAUGCUGGAUGCCUUGGGGAUCACGGCGUUAAUCAACGUCUCGGCUAACUGCCCCAACCAUUUUGAGGGGCACUACCAAUACAAGAGCAUCCCAGUGGAGGACAACCACAAGGCGGACAUCAGCUCCUGGUUUAACGAAGCCAUUGAUUUCAUAGACUCUGUUAAAAACGAUGGUGGAAGGGUAUUUGUGCACUGCCAAGCUGGCAUCUCCCGAUCGGCAACCAUCUGCCUCGCUUAUCUCAUGCGGACCAACAGAGUCAAACUGGAUGAAGCCUUUGAGUUUGUGAAACAGAGGAGAAGCAUCAUUUCCCCAAACUUCAGCUUCAUGGGCCAGUUGCUGCAGUUUGAGUCCCAGGUCCUAGCCCCAAACUGCUCAGCAGAAGCUGGAAGCCCAGCCAUGUCUGUAUUGGACAGAGGGGCAUCAACAACCACAGUCUUCAAUUUCCCUGUCUCCAUCCCUGUACAUGCAUCAUCCAGUGCAUUAAGCUAUCUUCAGAGCCCCAUCACCACUUCUCCCAGCUGCUGAAAGGCAGAUAAGAAUUUGUUCAGAACUCAGAGACUUGACCCUUGUUAUUUAAAAAGUGCAAUAACUCUGGGGACAGUGUCAUCGGUCAUUUUCAUUCUCAUUGUGCUCAUCCAUCAUUCAGAACAACACAUUAUUACUAAUCAGAAGGAGCUUAUCUGGCUCCAGAGAGCUAGGUUCAUUCUGACUUGACUGACAAUUUUUUUGACCAAAUCUGGACAUCUACCAAGAAGUCAAAAGGACAUUGCUUCCUUCUAUUCCAUCUUUGUCUUCUGUCAGUUCUAAACCUAGUCUGUGUUAAGUAGCACACUCACCAGUAUUUCCAUUCCUGGACAUUCAAAGCAAGUGACACUGUCCCUUUUUAUACAAGUCCUAUUAUUUAUUUAUUUUUAUGUAAAUGUGUUGUCUCUGCCUUCACAAGCCUGAAGCUUCAUUUCUAGAGAAACCAAAUACCUCAGUAUUUUUUUUUUGGUACUGUAAUCCUGUACAUACAUCUUAAACAGUUCCCACUUCCCAAGCACUGACGUGAGAGCACCAGAUGAGUGCUUUUUUGAGUUGCCAAGGGUUGUAUGUUUGCUGAUUUUAUUUAUGAUGUGAAAUAAUAUAUUUCUUCUUAUGAAGACAUAGUUUUGCUACACAAUUACUACUUUUUAUACAAACAGAAUAAAUUAUGAUAUUUCUAUUGAAA